AUUCUUCAACAUCACAUCUCGAGAUUCAAUUACUAUACUCAAAAUUGUUGCUAUCUUGCUAACGAGGCAGAAUUCCUCGGUCGGAACAUUAUGUGGAGCAUGGAACCAAACACUUUUCACUUCUGGUGCUAUGUCACCACUUUGCCGUGAGAGCGAGCGAUGAUCUCGGGCGCGUUCGGUCUGUCGGUACAACUAACCUUUAGCUCUUGUUUGCUCCUCCCCAUUUCCCCACGUUCACUCACGUUACAGCAAGCAAACAAGCUUACCUUACCCCGAAAGCCACACACGCACACGUCCCGAGCCUUUACUCGUACACCAUCAACAACACAACAUCAAUCAUGAGGUCCAACGUCAGAAUAUCGGCUCCUGCUGUGCGGGCAGCAUUGAGAUCUGUCCAGCGUCGAAGCUUCACUGCUUCGGCGUCCAGACAGGCUCAAUGGGGUUUCAUAGGCCUUGGUCAAAUGGGAUACAAUAUGGCCCGGAACCUACAAGCCAAGCUCCCGUCGUCCGAUACCAUGAAGGUCUAUGAUAUCAAUCCUGCGAUGGUCGAGCGAUUCGCGAAUGAUACAAAAGCAUUGACGAGUGGAGCUGCUGUUGAAGCAGUUGCCAAUGUUCGAGAUGCUGCUGAGGAUUCUGAAACGACAAUAACAGUCCUCCCCGAACCCUCCCACGUCAAAAACGUCUUCGGCCACAUCCUCAAGCCCCCCCUCUCCGAAUCCCACGUCUCGAACCCAGACCGCCUCUUCAUAGACUGCUCGACCAUCGACCCAGCCUCCUCGCGCGAGGUCGCAAACGCAGUCCACUCCACCGAACAAGGCCGCUUCGUCGACGCCCCCAUGUCCGGCGGCGUCGUGGGCGCCACGGCCGGUACCCUGACGUUCAUGCUUGGAGCCCCCGACUCGUUGGUCUCGCGCGUCGAGCCCAUCUUAUUGAUGAUGGGCAAGAAGGUGCUGCACUGUGGAGCGCAGGGUGCGGGCUUGAGUGGGAAGUUGGCGAAUAAUUAUUUAUUAGCCAUUAACAAUAUCGCUACAGCGGAAGCGAUGAAUUUGGGCAUGAAAUGGGGCCUCGAUCCCAUGGUCUUGGGGAACCUGAUUAAUAUCUCGACGGGCAAGUGCUGGCCUAGCAGCGUCAAUAAUCCCGUGAAGGGGGUCGUGGAUGGGAGUCCCGCAAGUCGAGAUUUCCAGGGCGGGUUCGGGUUGAGUUUGAUGAAGAAGGAUUUGGGACUGGCUAUCAUUGCGGCCGCGGAAGCGGGCGCGAAGCUAGAGUUAGGUGAUAGGGCGAAGGAGGUUUAUGAGGCGGCGGAACAGAGGGAAGAUUGUAAGGGGAGGGAUUUCUCGGUUGUUUAUAGGUAUCUUGGUGGAGCUGAGUAAAUACUAAAGGUAAGUUUGAGAUGAAUAUAUCAUUGAAGGCGUUUUGGUAGCUACCACGUAAGAGCUUCAUAGAUUGGACU